AUGUCGGCCGUGUUCAACAAAGACCGUCACAUCAAAUACUACCGCCGAUGCCUCAAGACCUUCCUUCCAAACCUCUACACCGGCAAUGACUCCAAUCGUAUGCUCCUCGCCUUCUUCACGAUCGCAGGCCUAGACAUCCUCGGCGUCCUCCACGACGAAACCACUUCCGAAGAGCGACAAGGCUACAUCGAGUGGAUCUACCACUGCCAAGUGCCAACCGGGGGUUUUCGAGGAUUCACCGGGACUGACUUUGGGAUCGAGAGACGGACACUUGAGAAUGCGUCCUGGGAUCCCGCGAGUAUCCCCUCGACCUUUUUUGCGCUAGUGCUCUUGAUUAUUUUAGGGGAUGAUUUGUCGCGGGUUAAGCGGGUUGAGUGUCUACAAUGGCUGCCGCGAUUGCAGCGCGAAGAUGGGAGUUUUGGAGAUAUUGUUGGGCCGGAUGGGGAGAUUGAGGGUGGGAGGGACUUGCGGUUUUGUUGUUUCGCUGCAGGAACGCGAUAUAUCCUUCAAGGGAAACGGGGGCAAGAUUUUGAGGGUGUGGAAGAUAUUGAUGUGCCCCGGUUGGUGGCUUUUAUUGAAGCCUGUCAGACGUAUGAUGGUGGCAUGUCAGAGUCACCUUUUUGCGAAUCUCACGUACAUUUACUUACGAUCCCAGCGGGCCUGACCUAUUGCGCUAUUGGGGCUUUAAUGUUUCUAAAAACCGAUAAGCCUGCUCCGGUUCUCACUCCUGGUUCAGAGGAGUUUGAAUCGCUGCUCCGGUGGCUGGUCUCGAGACAGACGUCUGACCUUGGUGAAGACGACGAAGAGCAACCAGCUCGUUCCAAUAAGACACAAGGAAAUCUCUCUCAAGCGGUCGAAGCGCUCCGUCUCAAUGGCAAGGUGGACGCAUUACCUCCGAUAGAACCACCGACGGAAGAGGUUUUGCAAUGGGCUGGAUUUAACGGACGGAGUAACAAGGCUGCGGAUACAUGUUAUUCGUUUUGGAACACGGCUACUCUGGCAAUGCUGGGCCGGUUAGCUCUGGUUGAUGCUGCUCGUAAUCGGCGAUAUCUUCUCGAGAAGACCCAGCACCUUAUUGGAGGGUUUGGGAAAGGAGUUGGGGAACCACCAGAUCUUCUACACUCGUACUUCGGGCUGGUAUCGCUAGCAUUUGAAGGAGAGCCCGGGUUAAAUUCGGUUGAUCCGGCUACGUGUACGACUCACCGGGGAAUCCAGCAUCUUCAUUCCUUGCCUUGGUGGCAGGCGUAG